CAGCGCAGAGGUUCCGCGGCCGGUAGCGGGGACUCGGGCGCCGGCAGCGCAGCGAGGUUCCCGGGCCCGGGCCGGGCUGGGACCGGCCGAGAGCGGGUCCAUGGGCCGAGUCCUGCCGCGCUGCGGGGCGGCGCUGGGCCUGGCGCUGCGCCUGCUGCUGCUGCUGCUGCUGGGGGCUGUAGCCCUGCGGGGGGGCCACUCCCGCCUGCACUCCAGGCGCGUAUUGGACACGGUGGUGUCAGAGCCCGGCCCGGGGCUGCCCUGGUACAGCCGUGUUGUGUACGUGGACGAUCAAGUCAUCUACGUCUACACCAGCGGGAUGCAGAAGGCAGAGCCUCGCCCAGUGUGGAUGGCGCAGAACGAGGGCCCGGAGUUCUGGGAGGAGAGGACCUGGUGGGCACAGCGCCACCAGAAAUGGUUCAAAGCGAGUUUGAACACCCUGGGUCAGCUCUACAACCAGAGUGAGGAGCAAGGGUUUGACAUCAACUGGGGCUGGAGAGUUAGUGAGAGCAUCAGCCCCUCUAAUGUGCAGAGACUCCCGGGCUUCCUUACACCUGGCAGCACAAACCCCAGCACGUGUCCCCUGGUUGGAGCCCCCGGGGUCAGGCAGGUUCCUCUGCACACUAUCAAUAGAUGUGUAAAGAGCCGUUCUUCCUGCUCGGUCCCCAGUGUGCGGGGCUGUAGCCACCUGGCCAGGCCCCUGGUUGUGCUCUCACUUAGCUCGGUGAUGAUCCGUAAGCGUUCAGUGCCUGGCACUGCUGAACUGUCCCUGGCAGGGGAGGGUCUCUCUGAUGUAAUUGCUCUGCCCUUCCUGACGAGACUGGCGAGUGACAAUCCCUGAUUUCCCCGUGUCAGUGGUACUGGCCUGUCACAUUGGUCCUCACCCAGGAGUGUCCCCAGCCCCUCCUGGUACCCGUCCCCCAAUCCCUCCUGGCUCCCAGCACUGUGACAGCAGCAGUGAGAACUAAUUCCCAUCCUGCCCUGGACACCUGGGUUCCUGGCGGCCCUGCCCCAGGACUAAGUGACAGGGCAGAGCGUUGCCAAGUGUUUGCCCCCCUAGCGCAACCUCUCUGUAGCUAGUUUAACCCUCUCCUGACUAGUCUCACCCAUUGGUCCCCUGCUGCUGAGCCUGUCCAGCCUGACCUGCUCACAUGGGCACCGGCCUCCCCAGUGCUGAGAGAGGGGCUCUGCUCGCCCGCCCCUAAGCCUGCGCUGGGGAGCUGCUGUUCUGUCCCUGCUGCCCCCUCCUCCCCCCAUUCACCCCCUCCUCACAGUCCUGGGGCUGCCAGCUCGCCGGAGACUGUCCUGAGUCCUGCACUUUGGCCACCAACAGUGUUCCCCUCUCUAGCUGCAUCUGCCCCCAACACACACAUGGGGGAAUUCGGGGUCUGGUCCCUCUGGGACCCCAUCGGUGCCCCCACCCCGCUCAUCCCUGUGGAGUGCAGCACGGAAGAGAAGAGGGGUGGGUGGGGAGGCCUGACCCACCUCACUCCUCUCGGGUGCCUGGCUUGGGAUCUCUGCGUGUUCUGUGACCAGCCACCCAGCACCUCUCCAGAGUCUCAGUGGUUCUCUCGUUACUCCAUCCCUUUUCCCCAAAGUUGUUUUCUCUCUCUUUGACUUUAGUUGAUCGGAAUAAAUAGUUAGUUGGACUCUCGUAGCUGAGUUUCCUCCACUCCUGGGACUGGGCAUGCCUUGGUCUCCGGGCUUCAAACCUGGUGCCUCCUGCGGCAAGCCCAUGCCUUUGAGUGACCUGCACUCUAGCUGUCUAGAGUGCUUGGGUGAGACUUGUAUUGCAGAUCGCUGUCAGCUCUGCCACCAGUUCAGUGCAGGGGAGUGCAACCUGUGUCUGGCCACUCCUCUGCCCCUGCUCUGCAGGCAAUACCAUUGACUCCGCCCUGUUCACAGGCUGUGUUGAGUCCAGUACCCAACCAGCCGCCGGCACCAGAGGGGCAGCGAGGCACCAGCAGGGUUGAGGUUCCAUCCUGGAGGUGUUUGUUGUGCCCAGGGACUUGCUGGCAUGUUUGGUACCAGUGUUGCCAGCAGAGCAACAGUUGGUGCCAGUAGUGCAGGCAAGCAGAAGGGAGCAUGAUGCCCCAAGUUCCUGUUUGGUACCAGGCCCCUUGCUCCCUGGAUCCUCAGCACCGUCCCUUGGAGCCGACGGGUACCACACACCCCACGUCCCCACAAGAAGACUCAUCAUCCAAGUUGGAGUUUGAAUCUUGCACCCAGCCGAGGGACUGGUACCAAUACCCUAUGCAAUCAGCCCUAUGCAAUGGUGGAUCCUGGGGUUGGGGUUCCUCCGAUCGCCUGGCCUAGUGGGCAAUGACCCAUGCAGAUGUAAUGGCCUUUUUGGAACCCCUGGGGUUCUCUGCUGCCUGCCCCCCCAUCUAGGUGCUCCUACUCUCAGUGGUGUCUGAGAGAAGGAUUCCUCUGUCACACUGAGCAGUAGCUGAUCCCGACUACGAUAUUGAGCCAGGUACCGACUCUCAGAACCUGGAGUGACAGGAUCACCAGGAGUUAUGGAAGAAGGUGGUCUCGAACUUGGGGCUGGAAGUGGAGGUAGUUAAAAAGUCUUCCAACAGCCUGGUCAACAUCUGGGCUGCAGUGGCCCCAUCGAAGGUAGCUCUGCCUCUCAGUGAGGCCAUCAUGGGUCCAGUUAAAACCCUGGGCAGACCCCUUCCUCACUGCCCCCCACGUCGAGGAAGGCAGAUAGGAAAUACUAUGUCUCCAUCAAAGGGAGGAGUACGUAUGUUCCCAUCCGUCUCCCGGCUCCUUGGUGCCCUUGGCAGCCAAUGAGAGGGAAAGGCCGGGUUUGUAAGGGGAAACCCCCAAGUCAAAAGACUCAAAAAAGCAAGACCAUUUUGGUAGGAAAAUGUAUUCUACCAGUGGACUACAGCUCCAGCCAACAGGCCAUUGGGUGCUGAGUAUGGUGGAGGAGGGUUAUACAAUUCAGUUCGUUUCCAUGCCUCCCUCCUACCCCGCCCCCAUCCCUGUCCCUCUUCAGGGACCCUUCUCAUGAGCAACGUUUAGCCCAGGAGGUGCAAGCCCUUCUCUGGGUAGGGGCUGUGGGGGAGGUGCCUCAGAAUUUAAGAGGGAAAGGGUUUCACUCCCAUUAUUCCUGUGACAGGUUUGGUCACAGAGAUCCCCUUGGGACUGUCACUGAUAUGCUGAAAUCAUCCCUGAGCAGGUUUUCCCUGCCAGCUUGGGAAUUCCAGAACCCUGUCUGGUUGAGCCAGACAUGCUAAACUGUUUACACAGACCCAGAGUCUGGGCCAUGCUCCAAAAGCUGCAGGCUUUAGCUGAAAACUGCUCCGCAGGUUACCUGUCUUCAGCACCCAGACACUCAGUUCCCAGUGGGAUCGAAACUCCAAAUAAAUCUGUUUUACUUUGUAUAAAGCUUAUAUAGGGUAA